UAAAGCGACACCGAUUACGAUCAAGAAAAAAAAGAGAGGGGGAGAAAAUAGUGCUUUUAUUUUUUGUUCCUUUUUAAAAUUGUGAUAAAUUGUCUCGUGACAUCAGACUGUUGACUUUUAUAAACACAUAUAUACGUUAGUCACGAAGGACAUUAGACGGAUAUAGGACGAAAAGAAGGGAUGUGCGUUUCAAAUUAUUAGGUUAGAAUAUAUACAUUAUUUCGCGUGCGCGGAUGUGUACGUGCCUCUACUUACGCGUAAUGUGUUUGGUGCAUAUGUAAGUGCGUGUUGUGUGUCUCCUUUUACUCAACCGUCGUUCGCCAUUUUAAAUUUUUGUUGUUGAGAUUUUUGAAUGAAAAGAAGAAAGAGACUAGCUAAGAAAUCGCAAUGUCAUAUCAUCGCGGUGGUCAGUCAGGGUCUGUAGCUGUGUCUUACAGUACCAGUCCAAUGGCACCACAUUCACCUAGCAGACGAUAUUCGAGUGGCUCAACGUCUUCGAGUACAACAACGUCCGGUGUCGGAGGUGGUGGUAGUGGUGGUGGCAGUGGUGGUAAUAGUGGUGGUGGUGGUGGUGGUGGUGGUGGUGGUGUUGGCAGUGGCAGUGGUGGUAGUAGCACCAGUGGAGUAACCAGUAGUAGCGGGAAUAGUAGUAGUUCAAAGCCCAGGGUCAAUUACAUAAGAGGUAGUACUCCAACUAUAAUUCGGGAUCGUUCAAGCAUUUUUCCAUCACCCCCAUCACCGUCGGUUUCUAGUAUUCGACCAAGCUACGAUUGCAGAAGAUCUUAUAAUCAAAGUGGAAGUUACUACUCAUCGGCUACUACCAGCAGCCUCCGCAGGAGUUACUUGUCCGAGUACAGUCGUCCUCAGUACUCACCUUCAAGGUCUGUUUCAUCUUCAUACGGCACCGAUACUGGGAUUAGCGGAGGUGGUGUAUACGGUAGUUUGGCAAACGGCAUCAGUAGCACCGGUUCAAGCGGAAGAUACACAUCUUCAACGUCGUCAUCCUCGUACCUUUCAUCGUCAACCGCAUCAUUGAGGGAUCGUACAUUGGAGUCAUCGUCAACGUCGUUACUACGAGACGUAAACACGGAUAUUAUUGGAAGGUGUUAUUCGCCAUUAUACACGUCUAGCGUCGAUCGUCAUUCUUCACAGAGUGGCUUUCAUCGUUGGAAACAACAACAACAACAACAACAACAGCAGCAACAACAAAAUUCGAAGUCAGGAAAAACAACAAACGUAGGCACGAAUUUUAGCGAAUUGAUUGGAGGUGAAGAACGCGAAGGAAAAAAACGUAGUAGUGGAAGUAUUCGUCCUGAAUCUUCGCUUUCUUCGUCUUCUUCCUCGUCCUCGUCUUCAUCCGCCAUCACAGGUGUUGGGUUUUGGCCGAAAUCUAAGGGGAAGCCACCUAUCGGCAGCAGCACGGUGCUCACCACCGGUACGGGACAUGCACGUGCCCACAGUGCAACAUCGUCGUCCGUCGAGGUAACGAUUGCUAGUCAUCGGUCUGACGAGGAGGAGGAGGAGGAGGAGGAGGAGGAUGACGACGUUGACGAUAACGACGUCGACAAUGAUGAUGACGAAGAAAACAACAGGGACAUCAACGUUGACAAUGACGACAUUAACGACGACGACGACGACGACGAGGACGAGGACGAGGACGAAAAUGAAAUAAUUAAUAAUGAUCAACGCGAUAACGAUGACGUAGUAAACGACGAUGAUAACGAGGACUAUGAAAGCGAGAACGUUAACGCGGCCAUUAACAUAACUACUGUUGGCGACGACGGAGACGAUGACGAUAACGAUGACAUUGACGUUGACGACGAGAACGAGGACGAGGACGACUAUAAACGACGGAACGAUAAUAACAACAACAAUAACAACAACAACAACAGCAACAACAAUAACGUCGUUGAGAGCAACGGCAUUGGUGGUAACAAUGGCAGCUGCAACAGCAGCAGCAGCAGCAGCAGCAGCAGCAGCAGUAGCAGCAGCAGUAGUAACAACAAGAAUAAUAGCAGCAUCAAUUUGGUUGGUGCUACCACAAAAAAUGAUGACCAUUGCUCGUUCUUUUAUAGAAAGCGCGAUUAUAAUGAUGAAACGACUAAGAAGCGGUGCGAUGAUGACGCGGAUAACAAUCUUAUUAACCGCCAUCAUCAUCAUCAUCAUCAUCAUAAUCAUCAUCAUCAUCAUCAUCAUCAUUUUAAUCACCAUCAUCUUCAGCACCACCAAACUUCUCAACAGCAUCACUUAACUUUUAAUGGCACCAGCAGUAAUAACAUACAACGUAUCUCUUCUUCCGUUUCACCAAAAAUCGAACGGAAUCUAGCUACUACCAUAACUGCUGCGGUUAAACCACUGAUUGUUACCGAGAAUAGUAAUGGUAUUGUUGAUGGUGGUGUUGGUGGUGAUGGUGAUGGUGGUGGUGUUGGUGGUGUUGUUGUUGUUGGUGGUGUUGUUGGUGAUGGUGCUGCUGCUAGUGGCGCUGCUGGUUUGAUUGGUGUUAAUAAUAUUGACCUGCUAACUAAUCUCGCUACUACUAAUAAUCCAAUAAAUAAUAUUACUACCGAGCAUUUGAGUAACGAUAACGACGAACAGAAUGGUCAACACAAUUCCUCGAUGAUCGAAUUGGACGAUUUUGAGAUCGACGAUAACGAGGUAAUAAUACAUGGUAUCAAUAAUGACGAGGAGAUAGCAUCAUCAACAUCGAUCCAACCGGUAAAUAAUUAUCGUCGUAAUGCUAUUGCUGCCGUUUCUAUUGGAAAUAAUGACAUAUUGGAGGAGCUCGGUACCAAAAGCAUUUCAUCAGUUAAUCCAUUCAAUAUUGAGGAUAACGAAUUUGAGGUCAGAACUUUAUAUAAUGUACUUCAAAAUGAUCUCACUGGAAGAAACUCCGAUGACCAUUCCGAUGAUCCGUCCAUACCAUCAACGUCCAACCGACAGGAACGACAUUUUUCUGGAAUCGAUCGUACCACAACAACAACAACAACAACAACAACAGCUCCUUCUACUUCUUCUUCGUCUCCAACAAGAACGACCACCACCACCAAUCCUAACACGAGACAACAAAAUCUAUGUCGCACUGGUAACGAGCAGUUCGAGGGUAGUCCAAGCAAUAGACCGGUGCGUAAUCUAUUCCAAGCUCAUCGAGACGAAAAAUGUGGCUUAAACGGUUUGCGAAAUAUUGGAAACACAUGUUUUAUGAACAGCGUGAUCCAAUGUCUGAGCAAUACCAGACCGCUCUUAGAAUACGUUAUGAACGAGCAUUAUAUAGCAGAUAUAAACACAACGACGUCUAGUAUGAAAGGUGCUUUGAUAAAGGCAUUCAGCCAAGUAAUACACGAAUUGUGGCAAGUUGAUUGCGAUCACGCGGUCAAUACAUCAGCAUUAAAGUCUCAAAUACAAAGAUUUACCCCAAGAUUUAUGGGAUAUAGUCAACAAGAUGCUCAAGAGUUCCUUAGAUAUUUGUUGGAAGGAUUGCACGAAGAUGUUAAUAGGGUCACCGUUAAACCACAACCAAUUCAUACGGAUAUACCUGAUAUGUACACGGAAAGCGAAAAAGCAGCAGAAAGUUGGAAACGUUAUCUUCGCAGUGAAGACAGUAUGAUUGUUGAUUUGUUUGUUGGACAAUUACGAUCGUCUUUACGUUGUACAUUUUGCGAUCAUGUAUCAGUAACGUUGGAUCCAUUUUGGGAUUUAAGUUUACCGAUUCCAGCUAGAAAUAGUACUGUCAGGCUAAGUCAAUGUUUAGAACAUUUUACGCGAGAAGAAGUUCUCGAUGGAGAUGAAAAACCAACAUGUUCGAAAUGUCAAAUGAGGAGAAAGUGUACCAAGAGUUUUGGCAUACAAAAGUUUCCAAAAAUUCUUGUUAUUCAUUUGAAACGAUUCUCGCCGAUGGAACGUUUUCGCGGCAAGCUAAAUGUGAUGGUUGAUUUUCCAUUGAUGGAUUUGGAUCUCAGUGCCUUCGCCGCUCCAAGAGUACAAGGUUGCACGUACAAUUUGUACGGUGUAGCUAAUCAUUCCGGUACAACGUAUUCCGGUCAUUACACAGCAUAUUGCAAGCAUCCAUACUCAGGAGAGUGGCACGAGUAUAACGACAGCCAUGUUUCGGAGAUACCAGCUAAAUUGGUUGUUUCCAGCGAAGCCUAUGUAUUAUUUUACGAGCAACAACCUCAUAGUUCUCAUUUGUAACCUCACGCCAUAUUUGAUCAGCAAGCAAAAAAAUCAUCUUGCCUCUUGAUAUAUUUAUGUACUACUACUAUUAUUACCAGGCUCGAUCUAGCCUAGCAAUACUCUUCUUCUAUCGUGUGCGGUAUUGAGAAAGAAAGAAAAACAACAACAACAACAACAGCAACAAAAAGGAAAGAAAAAAAGCAGCGAACAUUUAUUAAAUAAUAAUAAAAUAGACAACUCGUGGAUAUGAUAUACGACGGGGGUCAUUUAUUUAUUUUAACUUUAGGAACGUAUAUCGUGUUGUGUUAUAUUUUCUCAUCAAAAGUAAAUGAUGAGAAACAUUUUAUUUUUCAAGAUAAAAUUAUAACGUUAAAAAAAAACCCAAUUUUGAAUUCACUUAGGCAAGAAAAUUGGAAAUUGAAGAAAAUAUUACUUCAUUCUUCUGCUUAAAAUUAUCCUCAUUGAAGAAAACGCCUUUAAAUAAUUUAUUCGAGUUAUGUCUUUUUCUUUUUUUUUUUUUUUAAUUCUAUAACUUUUGGCUAUGAGAAUGUAAGGCGCACAAAAAAGAACAAAAAAAAAAAAAAAAA